CACAGAUCAGCGCGCGGAGAAGCGGAAGCCGAUUAUAUCGGACCUCUCUCGGGGAAUGUUCAUUAUUUCAUCCUCAUCAGACCUCCUGCACUAAUUCACCAGCACCAAAGGACAGCAGCUCUUAACGUUCAUCUUAAACUCUACUGAACGGAAUACAAUGACGCUCGGCACCGGAGCGGAGGUUUCUGCCGCCGCGAGUUUCGUUUGCAGACUGUUGCGCAGCCGCGGACGCCUGAGUGACGCGCAGCUCCACGUCUUUAGAGACUGUCUCGCGCAGGCGCUGUCAGAACACUACCAGCACCACUGGUUCCCUGACCGGCCGCAGAAGGGAUCCGGUUACCGCUGCAUACGGAUCAAUCACGAAAUGGACCCUCUGAUUGGCCGAGCGGCCGGCCGUAUUGGACUGACCAGCGGGCAGCUUUUCUCGCUCCUGCCGCGGGAGCUGACUCUCUGGGUCGACCCGUACGAAGUCUCAUACCGCAUCGGUGAGGACGGCUCCAUCUGCGUUCUCUACGAGGCCGAGCCACCUGUCUCAAGCCCCGCCCCCUCGGCGUACGACCAGACGGCGAGCUGCAAAAACCGCUUCAUGAUGAGCGGCCGAACAAGUCCGCCGAAAAACUACCUGAUGAUGGUGUCCAGCUGAGCGCGCGACUGGUGUCCGACCAACCACCGAGAGUUUACCGUUCCCGCGACUUCACGUUUAAGGCCUGAUCCUAAUCCUUUAUUUAAAAUGAACUUUAAAGCACUGGUUGUUACACGACUGGACGACUGACUCUAGAGAUAUUUCGGCACUGUGACUCUUAUUUGUUUUUAUGAUCCCAAAACAGGUUUUGGGUGUUUCCACUGGUGCUCGCGCACGGUUUCAGCGCAAUUAUGAUACCUCACGACUCUCAUGAGAAUGUAAAGCAAUUAAAGACCUGAAACGUACUUUGCGCAAAAUUUUCUAUAAGCUUACAAAGGUUCUCUUCAAAGUCAACCAUGAUGAUGAUAAUAAAACUAGUAUGCGCUUUAUAGCGCCACCUGUGGUGACUUCGAGAAUGCAACGGAAUUGCGUUCAGUGCAUUUCAGGCCUAAAACUGUGGUGGUGCUUUAUAAUUUUUGCAGGAGCUGCGAACGAGAGAUGUAUAUAUAUCAAAUAUGUGUCCCUGGAGCACAAAAGCAGUCAUAAGCAGCACAGGUAUAUUUGUAGCAAUAGCCAACAAUACAUUGUAUGGGUCAAAAUUAUACAUUUUUCUUUCAUGCCAAAAAUCAUUAGGAUAUUAAUUAAAGAUCAUGUUCCAUGAAUGCAUUUUGUACAUUUCUUACCAUAAAUAAAUCAAAACUUAAUUUUUGAUUAGUAAUAUGCAUUGCUAAGAACUGCAUUUGAGCAACUUUAAAGGUGAUUUUCUCAAUAUUUAGAUUUUUUUGCACCCUCAGAUUCCAGAUUUUCAAAUAGUUGUAUCUCAGCCAAAUAUUGUCCAACAAACCAUACAUCAACGGAAAGAUUAUUUAUUAAGCUUUUCAGAUGAUGACUUCACAAAAUUGACACUUAAGACUGGUUUUGUGCUCCAGAGUCACAUUUUUUUACUUUGAUAUAAUGAACAAACUCCCAUAAUCCCCUCUUGCCUUAACCACAGCGCCACCGCUCCCUUAAUAAACGUCACUGCCUGGCUCUUUAAGUCUUACUGUGCAAUAUUCAGGCAAUACGCUCUUGAACCUCUGGUGAUGUCAUGAACCGAGUCGUGUGGACUGGAGGCUCCACCGCCGGCGUCUCUGGGGAAGUGAUUGUGUUUUCCCAGGAUGCUUUGCAUGUGUUGGUUGGUUCUGGGCCGGAGUGCCAGCAGAGACUCUCGUCUGUAGCAUCUCAUGGGCUGCUGAGCAGCUCGUUUACUGUUUUAGAUGUAGUUUGUAAGCUAUUUCGGAGCAGAGUUUCUUUUAAUGUACAUUUUGUUAAAAAUGCAUUUGUGCAGAUAUAGAGCUGUACAGUCGAUUUUUAUUACAAUAAACCUUUUAUGAAUGAAA